AUGGCCACCAAAAAUUUCAGUGAUCAAAAUAAAAUUGGGAGCGGUAGUAAUGGUAUAGUGUAUAAAGGUAACUUCGGGGAAAGGUUGGUGGUGGUAAAAAGGCGGACGAGUAGUUCAAUUCCAAAGGAUAGCAUGUCCUAUGAGGAGAUUGCAACACUAAGUCAUAUCCAACAUCAUAAUAUAGAACAUCUAGUUGGCUACUGCGAUGAGGAGGGCGAGAAGAUUGUUGUGUAUGAUUUCGUAAAGAAUCAUACACUGGCAUAUCACCUUCAAGAUGAACACCGCUCCAAGCUAGGCUGGAAUGUUCGACUUAAAAUCUUAAUUGGAGUUGCUCAAGGCCUGUGUCAUCUUAACAGCUGCCUCCCGAAAGCCUUUUGUUUACAUAGCAAUCUGAAGAGUUCAAAUAUCCUUCUAGAUGAAUAUUUUGUGGCUAAAGUUGCAAAUUUUGGGUCGGCUAAACGUGGAUUUUUGGUGGAACUCUAUAAUCAUUGUGAUAUAACGACAAAAAUUGACACAUAUUCAUUUGGGAUUAUUAUGCUUGAAGUAUUGAGUGGUAGACGGGUAAUUGAUCGCAGCUAUAACUUGAUCACAUGUAUUUUCGAGAAAGAAGCUAGCGAUAUUUUAGACCCACUUUUGCGUGGAAACAUCUCCCAAAAUAGCCUCAAUAUAUGUUGGAAUGUCGCUAAAAUAUGCUGCAGUGAACAUACAUUGCCAACACUACAUAUGUCAUCAGUCGUGUCCCAUCUUGAGACAGCCCUAUUCAUGUCCAAGACUGACUCGAGGAAUGUUGGUAAUAUGUCGCCGAAAAUUCCACUAUCUGAGUUGAAGCUGCAUGAUACACGCCUCGAGGAAGGCUCAGCCAGGCCCACACUGAUCGGGAACCACGACCAGGCCCAACGGGGCACCAAACGUACAUAUCAAGAAGCCCACGGCAAUACUCUACAUACACUUAGAUAA